CCAGUUUUUAGCUCGCCCGUAUCUUGGCUGGGGUUUGUCCUAAAUAAGAAACUCUCGCUUUGCACUAAAACCGAUGGACUCUGCAAAGCGCGGUGGGGAAACCCCGGGCGCUGGUACCACGGUUCCACAGUUCACAAAAACUGUGUCCUACAUAUGCGGCGAAUGUCGUGCAGAGAAUGAAAUCCGACCUCGAGAGCUGGUUCGUUGUCUCGAAUGUGGGCAUCGAGUUCUGUACAAAAAGCGUUCAAAGCGAAUGAGCGUCUUCGAGGCUCGAUAACCUUGGCAGAAUACCGGUGCCUGGAGACGAUAACGAGAAGCCCACGGGGUAUUUGGAUUUGAUCUCGCCGAACGCAUUUUGUACAACAAAUGUACAAUAAAAUUCACACUUCAAUGCAUAUAUCCG